GCACGGGACAAGGAGUAGCAUGCCAUACAACAGCUCUGGUUUGUACGCUGGUGGAGAUGAUGGCUCUCAAUGGGCCCGACCAAAAAUAAGGCUCACACCAAUAAGCUUGCCUAAGUUCUCCGGGGACAGGAGGGACUAUUGGCGUUGGAAGGCUGAAUGGGAGAGUAUCCAGAUGCAGGCAGAACCUACAGGGUCAAGGGAAUGCAAGAAACUUCACUUGCUAGACAGUAUUGACGAGUCUGUGAAAAGUGAGCUCAGACUGUUGCGCUGCAGAGAUGCAAACGACAUCUUCAGGGAAUUAGAAAACCGUUAUGGUGACAAAGCACAAACGGCAGAAGAGAUUGUGUUGGAGCUUCAAUCACGACCUGCUGUCAAGAACCACCAGCCACGAGAGACGUUAGAGUUGAUCCUAGCGGUGGAGAGGGCAGCAUUGGACCUCAUGGACCUAGGGUGUGCAGACGCUCUACAAAAUCAGCUGGUGAUACGGUCUUUAGAGAGCAAACUCCCUGAUGUCAUGAAAAGAGAGUGGCUCAUGUGUGUGAGAGACCCUGUUGAUGUCGUCCACCCAGGAAACCGUUUUGACAGGCUCUUGCUGUUUCUGGAAGACCAAAAGUCUUUGCUCGUGAGGUUGGAGCAGUUGCUGCCCAGCAAGCCAUGGCCUGCUAAUACUCCUGAGCGAUCAAGCUACCGGGAGAAACCAAGUGACAGAUGGAAAGAGAAAAAGUCGUUCACUAAGACUACGGCGAGUGAAGUCAAAAGAGACUCCAAGCAGUUAGCAUGUCCUGUGUGUAGUAAUGAAGAACAUGGAGGUAAACUGUUUCGCUGUAAAGCUUUCAGGAAGGCCAGUCUGUCUGAGAAGAAAUCUCUCUUGGAAAAGGCGAAAGCAUGUACAAAGUGCUUAGAUGUUCACGGGUUAGACAGUGGCUGCACUUCAAAGUUCCUUUGUCGUAAGGAGGAGUGUAAGAAAAGCAACACUCCAGUGGACCACCACUAUUUCCUCUGCCCUAAGGCAUCAGCUGAGAAGGAUGCUAUCAAGAGGGAAAACAAAGCAGGGGAAAAGAGGGGACCUCGUGGUCCGACGGAGGAGCAAGAGGCUGUGUUUGCAGAGUUGGGACUGACUCCCCACCAGUUGCAGGCUGUGCGUAAAGCCUGCACUAACAAGGCAAUGUCAACAGUGUGUUCUGGCAAGAGUCUGAUAGGACAAAGUGGCUUGAAAGAACAUCCAGUCCUCAUGAUGCUCGUACCUGUCACAACAAAGAGGGGAGACAGUCUUGGAGCCUUGGUCGAUCUCGCGUCUGACACAAACUAUAUUACACACCAAGCUGCAGAAAGGCUUGGACUGACAGGUGAACCAAUAUCCCUUGUCGUGUAUGGUGUCGGCACAAUGAAGGUGAAGGUUGAUACAAAAAGGUAUCUUGUGACAAUAAAGGUGUGGACCUCAAGAGGAACCCUGAAACUUCAUAAGAUGAUCUGCUACGGGAUGGAAGACAUCGCCAAAGUGGAUCGAGUGGUGGGAUCAGAGCGAUUAGAGCAGUUCUUCCCUGAAACUAAGCCGGGAGAACUGGCCCGCCCAGAGAAGAUCGAUCUAUUGAUCAGUACUCGAGAAGGUCGAUUAGCUCCACAAAGGCUGCAAAGGGUCGGCGACCUGGUGUUGUGGGAUGGUCCUCUUGGUAAGAUUGUGAGUGGUGUCCAUCCAGACCUCUUUGAAGAAGUGGCAGUGACCACAUGGCAGUCAGAGACGCACUUUGCUCACUCAAUGAGGUCUGUAGCCGUCAAAGUAAAGGAACAAUUCGUGGGAAGGCCAGGAUGCCACUUGGAGCAAGAAAGCAGUGUAGAAGUUCGAAUGACAGCAGUGUGCAAUAAAGAAAUCCUUGAGUGGCUAAAAUGGGAUAGCAUCGGUGCUGCCUGUGACCCUACCUGUGGAGGGUGUCGCUGCGGAAAGUGCUCACCAGGAGGGAAGGAGAUGUCUUUGGCUGAUGAGAAAGAGCUGGAGAUAAUAAAGGCAGGUCUAACCUACAGGGAGGGAGACGCUCACAGCAACCAGCCACACUGGGAUGCGAAGUAUCCCUGGAAGGAAGACCCAGCCUCUCUUCCCAACAACCGAAAAGCUGUGGAAGCAACUUUCCUGAGGGCUGAGAAGCGGCUUGAGAGAGACCCCCUGUGGAAAGAGGCUUACAAAAGGCAAGUCCACGAGAUGGUGGGGAGAGGUGCUGCUGUUAAGCUCACUAAAGACGUGAUGGACAGCUGGAAAGGUGCAGUGUGGUGGGUGAGCCACUUAACCGCUCCAAAUCCCCACUCAGUGACUACGCCGGUGCGUCUCGUCUGGAACAGCAGCCAGGAGUUUAGGGGCGUAAGCAUGAAUAGCAUUUUGCUCAAAGGCCCAGACGUCCUAAAUCCCAUCAGAGCAGUGCUCCUCAGAUUCCGAGAAGGAAGACAUGCCACCAUUGGAGACGUCACAAAGAUGUACAACUCGGUUUGGCUGGAGGAACAAGAGGUCCAUGUGCAUCGGUUUCUAUGGAGAGACUCACCAGAGGAUGAAAUUGAGGAUUAUGCUGUCGUGAGAGUGAACAUGGGAGACAAACCAGCGGGGUGCAUUGCACAGGUUGCCAUGCGGGAGACCGCAAAGUUACCCCAGUUCUCUGAGAUGAAGGAGGAAAGAAGAGUCAUCGAGGAAGAUUCCUAUGUAGAUGACCUCCUGACGUCCCACAAUGACCCACGCUGUCUAGACAAGAUCCAAGCAGGAGUAGAAAAAAUACUGAAAGCAGGAGGCUUUUACCUCAAACCUUGGGUCCGGUCUGGUCAAAGUGGGAGGCGGGACGGGGCAGAGUCCAAGCAAAUGACUCUGAUUUUGCCCAACCAACUAAGGGAGGAAGAUAACAAAGCUCUGGGGGUUGGUUACCUCGUGCAGGAGGACAAACUCUUUGUAAUGGUCUCCAUCAACUUCUCCAGAAGGAAGAAGAAGAUGAGGACUGAGAUUGACCUCACUGAAGAGGAAGUGGAAGUAAAGACACCGAACCCACUGACUCGUCGCGUCCUACUGAGCCAAAUCGCCGGGUUGUAUGACCCGAUCGGUCUAGUUACGCCUGUGAAGCAGAAAGGGGUGAUCCUUGUGAGAAGAGCUUUCCAGGAAGCUGGCAAGCUUAAUAAAGACACCUGGGAUGAACCUCUGUCUGACGAGCUCAGGGGAAAGGCAAUUGAACUGUUCAAGGAGUACACUCGUUUGAGUAGCAUUAAAUUCCACAGGAGCCUCACACCCCCUGACUGGAGGGGUACACCCUGGGGAAUCACGUUUUCUGACGGGAGCUGUGAGUCUUAUGGCGCUGUACUAUACUUGCGGUGGGAGACGUCAAAUGGUGUGGUCAUCCGUCUGGUAGAGUCGAAAGCCAAGUUAACCCCCCUCAACCAAAAAGGUGACGCUGUCAAAGCUGAGGUAUGCGGAGCUGUCUUCGCUACACGUCUAAAGGGAUACAUAUUGAAGCAUGGACGGUUAAACGUGGGAAGGUGGUACCACUUCAUCGACAGUCAGACGGUGCUGGGGGCUAUCCAGAGAGAGAGUUACGGAUUCCAAACAUUCUUUGCGAACAGAGUCGGAGAGAUUCAGAAGGCUGGACCCGUAACUGACUGGUGGUGGAUCCCUGGCGAAGUCAACAUCGCUGAUUUAGUCACAAGGGGGUGCUCUCCUGAUUCUUUAGAUGAGAACUCUUUGUGGCAGGAAGGUCCCAAGUUCCUGUCUAGUCCAGUCGAGGAUUGGCCCAUGAAGUCUGCUUCAGAAGUGGCAGCUGAUGCUAGGGAGGUGGUGAGUAAACUCCAGAGAAAGGCCUUUUCAGCAGUCCUCACCAGAACUCAAGCCAAGAAGCAGUUGAAUCCCGAUAGUCCUGGUGGUGAAGAUCCAAUAGCUACAGAUGAAAUAAGCAGGGUUUCAGUGUCUCCAGAAAAUGGAAAAUUGACCUUAGCUGAGUCUGAAGAAGCAGAGACGCUGUGGGGAGCUAUGCUCAUAGACCAAGUUGAACCAACAAGGUGCAGUUCUCUAGCUAAGCUUUGUGGGGUGGUUGGUUAUGUCCGCAGAGCUGUGAAGAAGUGGUUGGCCUGUGCAAGCAGGACCUCAAUACCAGCAAAGUGGGAGGCAGUAUUGACAGUUAAGGAACGGAAAGCUGCAUUCCAAGACCUGUGCCUAGCCGCUCAGAAGGGAGUUACGUUUCCUGUGACAAUGCUAAACAGACUUGUUGUCAGCAAGGAUGAAGCUUCUGGGCUCCUAAAAUGCUAUGGUAGAGUCCAGACCAUUACCCAAGGAGAUGCCGGUGUUCCCCUGAUCCCUUACAAUGCGUGGAUUAGCACCCUUCUCACACGAGAAGCCCAUGAGGUUAACCAUGAGGGUGUUGCUGGCACACUCCUCCAGGUGAGGUCUAAAGCAUGGGUGGUGAUGGGACCAAGGAUUGCCAGAAAAGUCAUUGACUCCUGUAUGCACUGUCGAAAGACCAAAGCGAGAAUGUGUAAACAGGUGAUGAGUGAGCUUCCCCUCGAACGAACUGUACCAGCCGCACCUUUUGAAUAUACAACAUUGGACCUUUUCGGACCAUAUGUUGUUAAGGAUAAUGUAAGAAGAAGAACAAAGAUGAAAAUCUGGGGUGUAGUAUUCAGCUGUAUGGCUUCGAGGGCAGUACAUGCUGACAUUGUGGAAGAUUUGUCGACGGAAGGAUUCCUGAAAGCAUACCAGCGCUUCACUGCUCUCAGGGGUCACCCAAGAAAGCUCUGGUCGGAUCAAGGGACAAACUUUGUGGGCGCCAGACCAGUAUUACAGGAGCUUUAUGAGUUCUUAAGUGGCAUCGACAAGGAUCAGGUCCAGAAGAAGGCGGCAGCUGUGGGAACUGAUUGGAUGUGGGUGUUUCACCCGGCGGACUCUCCCCACCGAAAUGGUGCAGCUGAGGCAGCUGUCCGUGUACUCAAGAGAGCGUUAAGCAGUGUUGGCGAAGAAGGUAACCUGACAGCGUUAGAGUUCCAAACCCUCCUGUACCUUGCUGCUAACCUGUCAAAUGAGAGACCAAUCGGUGCCAGGGCCCAGGUACAAGAUGAGACUGUGGAAGUCAUCACUCCUAACUCUCUUCUGCUUGGUCGCUCAGGACCCACUGGGGACUCCCGAGGGUUUCAGUAUCCAACUUACCCUUUUGUGCGGUUGAGAGCAAUCCAAAUCGAGGUUGACAAGUUCUGGAAGCGGUGGAGCCAGUUGGCAGGUCCAGGUCUCUACAUACGUCAGAAGUGGCACGCACCUGCUAGAAAUGUUGCUGCGGGGGACCUGGUUUGGUUGGCUGACCAGAAUGCGCUGAGGGGCCAGUUCAGGCUGGGUCGAGUCGUGGAAGUGUGUCCUGAUGUGAAAGGUGUAGUACGAGACGUGAGGGUGAGAACAUGCCGAAGCUGUCCAGUUUUUGGUGGACAGGUCAAGAAAACCCAAGGUAUGGAGAACUAUCUCUCCACCAUCCUCCAUAGGGACGUUAGGAGGUUGGUGGUUCUACUUCCAGUGGAGGAACAGUAAAGUAGUCCCCACCAUGGUGUGUUUCGGUUGGAAAAUAGUCCCCACCAUGGUGUGUUUCGGUUGGAAAGGGAUCCCCACCAUGGUGUGUUUCGGUGAAGGAUCAAGACUCUCCCCACUACCAUCCUCCUGAAGGCUGGUAGUGUGUUUCGGUAAAGAAGGAUAUAAUGUCAUCAAUGACAAUGUGUGUUUUAUGGUGGCCUACUUGGAUUCCAGAAUCAGUAGACCAAGUGGGAGGUGUAGAACUUUCCAGUAGGUGGAACUAGUGAGAUAUAUAUAAUUAUAUUAAGAGAGAGAUUCAAAAAUAUAUAUUUAGAGAUGGAUGUUAACAUUAUGUUAUAGUGUAUUUGAGGAAAUAAGUGUGUACAUUUACUGACAUGUUCCAAAUGGGGUAUAUUUAUGUUAUAUUUGGUGAAAUAUGUUAUAUCCUUACAAGGCAGUUAGCAUCUUUUCUAUUUGGCUGUGUAACUUUAAUUAGUUUAAGUGCGCAGGCGUUUCACCUUUAAGUUUCAUUUUCGUUUAGUCGAUGUUCAGGACUGGUACGCCUUGCCGGUUUACAACCUAACUAAUAAUGUCACUAAUCCAGCUAACAGGCUAGCAUAGCAGUAGCUUUCAGGCUAGUUUGUGGAUGAGUAUUGUGUGUGAAAAAUAAAAGCUCAUAUAGUGA